AAGUAGCAGCGUAGUGUUUGGUACGUUUAGGUUAGAAUAGCUGUUUUCACAAUUAAAAGUAUUUCACGCUGGUAGGACGAUGUCGCGCGAUCGCCACGAGACAUUCGGACAUUACACGCUGGCCGAUGAUCGAACGUAACUUCACCGGACGAAGUUACCCGUUGCACGUGCGGACGGACUGUCAUGGAGUGACGGACUCUCGAAGAGCAUUUUUCGUGACCCCCUCGACCAAAACGAUUCCGAUUAAGGUUAAAUCAUUGGUGAUCGCCUGUUUCAACGGUGCACGUGGAUCAACCGAGAGAAAUGACCUCGAACGAAGCAGGCGCAUCGCUCGGCGUCGCCCGGGAAGACGUCAACUGGCGGAAGGAUAUAAUUUCGCAGUUACGCGAGAGGAAUAGAUCGCAAACCAAUUGUUUCGCAGAUCUCAUUAGCCUACAUAAUAGGUUAUUUGAAAAUGCAAAUACAUUGCGAAAUACAAAUAUGCAAUUGACAAUUGCAAAUGAAACUCUCCGUCGCGAAGUGGCUAAUGGUAGUAUUGGCAUGGGUGGCAAUCCCGAUCUUGAAGCUAGACUAUUGAAGCAAGCGGAGGAAUUAGCAAUGCUACAUAAGAGGAAAGGAGAACAUACGCAACAAAUAGUAGAUCUUAAUAACAAAUUGCAGGAAAUGACAAAAGAACUUCAAGCAAAGGAAGCUAGCCUUGCAGAAAGUUCAGAAGCUAAUACUAAUUUACGUUUAGAAAUAACUAAAUGCCUUGGUAGAGAGAAAGAAUUAGAAGGGAUUAAUCAGAUGCUCAAGGAUGAACACCAAGCCUUACAACUUGCUUUUGCAUCUUUAGAAGAAAAGCUUAGAAAAACACAAGAAGAAAAUCGACAGCUGAUUGAACGCUUAAUAAAAUAUAAAGCUAGAGAUGCUGAAAAGAUGAAUGAAGAAAAUGAUAACUUUUUAAGUUUUACGAGUCCAACAGCCUUUUUGAUGCAUACCUUGUCAAAAUUUGGGAAGAGACAAGCAAAGAUGCAAAAGGAAUUGGAAGAUGCAGCACGAGAUACGCGACCUGUUAGUCCUGAUCGUUUAAGCUUAAAAGAAGUUGCCGGUCUUCCGACAGCAGUGCCAACGAAAGUAUCCGUAACGUUUAGUGCCCAUGAGGGAGAAGUAUACGCUGUUAAAUGGUCGCCUACUGAUAGAAUAUUGGCUACUGGUGGUGCUGACAGGAAGGUGAAGCUUUGGAACAUUACUAAAGGUACGUCGGAAAGUAAGGGCAUCCUCGUUGGCAGCAACGCCGGUGUGAUGUCGGUGGACUUCGAUUCGACAGGCACCCUUAUUCUUGGAGCAUCCAACGAUUAUGCGAGCCGCGUCUGGACCGUCAGUGAUCUUCGCUUAAAGAACUGA